AUGAAGUUUGUUCAAUACAUAAACCUGGGAUUUGUCCUAGGUGCUUUGGUGCCUCCUACCAGAGCCAUCGCUGUAGAUCUCGAUAAGCGGGAUGCUGCUGGUACUGCCACUGUCAGCCUGAGCGAGCCCUCUGGAAAGCCUCAAAAUUUGGCCUCGGGCUUCAUCUACGGUUUCCCAUCCAACCCAGAUGGAUCUGCCAACUCGGACAUUCCACAAAGAUUUAUAAAAGACAUUGGAUUUAACUAUUGCCGUGCUGGCGGCGCUCAAAUGAGUAAUUCUCUUGGCUGGGUUGCCAACCAGUACGAGGGUCGUUGGAAAUCCACUUUAUCCAACUAUCGAACCACCCGACGUUACAAGGCCAGAUUCACGCUCUUGGUCCACGAUCUUUGGGGCGCAGAUAGCCUGCAAUCAAAUGGAUUUAGGUAUCCCGGAGAUGAUGGGAAAUGGAAGGACUUCGACAAGUUCCUCGGCCAGGUUAUUGCCGAUAUCAAGCUCAAUGGUAUGACACCGGGACUAGAUAUUGACAUAUGGAACGAGCCGGAUCUAGACCUCUUCUGGAAAGCCCCACAGCCGCAGUAUCUAGCCAUGUGGAAGCGCGCAUACGAAACGAUUAGAAAGGAAUUGCCCGACGUUCCAAUUACCGGACCAUCCACGACGACUCCUCCUUCUCUCGACAACACCUGGUGGAACAAUUAUCUCAAGUACAUUGCACGAACCAAGACAGUUCCUGAUGUCUACUCGUGGCACCUUCUCAACCCUGAGCGUAAUCUCCGUGAGUCGAAGGAGCAGUUUGAGGUUCUCCGCAAGAGAUAUGGACUUCCCGAGAAGCCUCUGAAUAUCAACGAGUACGCCUGGGUAGGCAACGAUGAGCAGAGCCCAGCGGGCGCUGUCUUUUACAUCUCUCAGCUUGAGCGUCAUAACGCCCAGGGACUACGUGCCAACUGGGGCUCCGGUCCUAAGCUUCAGGACCUCAUGGCCAACCUUCUCAUCAAGAACGAUGACGAUUACUCGCCGACAGGCGAAUGGCAUGUUUAUUCUUACUAUUACAAAGAGAUGAGAGGACAACGCGUUGCGACGUCCCCAUCAGAUGACGAGUUCUUCGAGGUCUACGCCACCAGGGGCGGUACCGCUGGAACAGUCAGAGUCCUCGCUUCUGUUCGACCUGUCGCCGGCAAAAAGACGUACAAUCUAGUCAUUAAGGGUCUUCAUAGCGUCAAGAUUACAGGCAAGACAGUGAGGGUCAGGACCAAGCGAUUUGAUGGUCCUAACAGAGAGACCAGCAUCCAGGGCCCGGUUGACUUGGGUACAUUUAAGCAUACUAUCAGAAAUGAUCAGAUUAACUUUUGGAUCACUCCCGAUGAGGUCACUCAGGCAUACGCUUUCGAGUUCGAGCUGUAA